UAUACAGUAUUAUACAGCCCAUAUCAUCGAUCAUCAUCCAAGAUACACAGCUAGAAGGGCCGCUAGGCAGCCUCUGGGUGAUAGUUUUUCGUUGAUCUGCGUUCCCGGACAAGCCUGCUGGCUGCAAGAUGCAUCGCUCCAGUGCCGUGACUUCGGCCUCCAUCUACGAGCGAAAGUUCGCCGAGAAAUUGACCAUCUUGAACCAACGCGGACAGGGCAUUCUCAUCCGCGUCUACAACAUCAAGAAGUCGUGUCUCGACCCCAACACACGGCCAGCUUGUCUCUCUGACAGGACCCUGGACUCUGCCAUCAAACACAUCAACAAGAAAUUCCCCAAUGUUGACACAAAGGACAAGAGCCAUCUAACUGCCAUCUCCAGCCUACAAAAGGACAUAAUGCAGCAUCUUCCCAAUUACUACCAUACCUUUGUAGACGUCAUGGAAUUUAGAGACGUCACCAAUGAGGUCGUUACCUCCGUGGCAACCUCUCAGUUCUUCUUUGACAUUACAACGAACGUUGACCUGACGAGCUCUCUACUGGAGCUGGUGGCCACAUAUGCCAGUAUCAUGAUCCUACUGAGUCAGGUGGAUGAUAGGAGGACUAUAGCUGGGCUGUUCAACGUUGCCCACGAGAUGAGUAGAGGGAGCCAGGACCCUAGCUUCCCUAGACUGGGUCAGAUGUUCACUGAGUACGACCACGCCCUCCGGAAGAUCUCCGAGGAUUUCAUCCCCCUGGCAAAGGUGAUAGUUCAGGCAGUGAUGUCACUCCGGCCGCUCUACCAGCGACGUAACCUACCUGCCUACCAGCUGAGGUCUCAAGGUCAGCUGAGUGCCAGUGCUAACCCCAACCUGAUGCUGCAGCCAAUGCUCUCCAACGAGCUGUCCUGUGACCUCCUCUCACUGGAGACCAUGCACAGAUGGAUACUCUUUGGGUUCCUGCUGUGUCACAGCCAGCUGUCCUCCUACCCUGGGGCCUCAGAUCUCUGGAAGCUGGCUCUCUAUGACGGCUUCUACCUCACCCUCUGCCGCGACGAGGCCAUCGCCGUCCACGGUGUCUUUGAGAAACUCCUCUCCGACUCCAAAGACAAAAAUGAUCGGCGAAGAGCGUCAGAAGCAGCUGAAGCCCUCAACCAGGCCCUCCAGAAUGCAGGAGCCCUCCAUCGUGACAGGAGGCGGUACCUGAGGACAGCGCUGUCCGAGCUACACCAGCUCCUCUCUGACUCCCCCGGUCUGUGUGGACCCAAGGCUCUGACAGUGCUGCUGGCCCUGACUCUGGCAAGAGACGAAGUUCUGUGGCUCAUGAAACACAUGUUGGCCCCGCCCCCAAAGGGAAAACACCGCCCUAACCCAGACGACUACCAAGACCCCGCCCUCCCCGAGCUCCUCUUCAAUAUCGUUGAAGUCAAGGACUCCUGAGGAUGUGGGCGGCACAGUGCUGGUUGUGUUGUUCAGAACUACUACCUUCGCUACAUGGGGGCUACGACGCACAGCUCAUCAGAGAUGUCGUAUGCGUAUCAUGGUGUGUCCAGAAGAGGAGAGCAUUCUGAUGUCGUCAAUGGUGGAGACACUGGCUAGACUCCACGGACAGACAAUGACUGAGAGAUCAGAGUACGACUUUGAUGCUCUGCGACUGGACUGGUUUAGGCUCCAGACACUCACCUCUGUCAACAAGGCUCCUCUCAGGUAUACAUAGUAGAGUUAAACAGGACCCUGGGGCUCCACACCAUGAACGCAAUCGUCGGUCACUAGAGUCUGUAGCGGGUGUCGACUCAUUCAUUCGAAGAGCGCUCUCAGCUCCAACAUGCUGACAUGUCCUUCCUCUGCUUCCUUACGACAGACAGUUGAGGCCUGGGGCUGAGUUCUCGCGAACCCUUCGCUACCCUCCACAACUACCUUACAUCAUCGCCUUUCCCGUCGUCUGUACCGAGUCCUGAACUGUACCUCUCAGUUCUGUCCAGAGGAGCGAAUCAACAUUGGCGAGAGGUGUGUUAAUUCAAUCAACCAUUUCCUGGAGUUCAUAGCCAAGGAGGUGAAGCAGCUGCUCGAGAGCGCUCUAAUGUGCAGAGAGAGGACCUCCUCGCGAACAUCUAGGCCUUCCUCUAACACGGAGAGCAGGGGUCAUACAGUGGGAAACAACAAAAAACCGGGUGAAGAAGGAGAAGAAGGGGGGACCAGAAACAGGCCUAUUCUGCCCAGUAGGGUGUUCACUCCGGAGUUAGAAGCAUCGCAGGAACAGAGAAGACAGUGUCAAGAGUGACAUUGUGCUGGGGAACCUGGUGUCCAUAUGUCAGUCCAUCAGCAGUUUCCCCAUACUAUCAGCCUGGGACCACACCUUUGUCCCUCGCGAGUACCUCGUAGCCCAUCUCGAGGACCUGUUCAUGAAGCGUGUGUUUGCUAUGAUGCGCUACAACAUGGAAACUCACGACAUCGCCCGGCCCUCGGAGGUCCUGGCCCGGAUCCAGUCCUACAUGUCCGCACUCCGUACCCUGGAGCUCUAUGUGACCAUUGACAUGACCCGGGUCCUCACAGCCGUCCUCCUACAGGAGACACAGAUGCUGGAUAGCAAGGGAGAGGCCACCCUCGCUUCCACUUACACUGCCUGGUAUACCAACACUCUACUAAAGAGGGUAGCAGUUGGAGGAGUAUGCUACAGUGUCAGUAGAAAAUGCUUCGUAUCCAAAGCAAUAAUGCCCUUCAAAGCAGAGGAGUAUACUGACAUCACCGGUGAGUAUACUAACAUCAGGGUUUAGUAUACUUAGAGUAUAUCAAGUUUAUAAUACUAAGUAUACUAGAACA